CUCUGUUUCCGCAGUCCAACCCGACCAUCCAAUUUCGACAAGUCUUGAUUGCAGUUUGCACCUGAACUUACAAGUUGCGCUAUCGCCUACCGCCAUCGCAUCAAUCCCGCAGUCAUUGGGCUUGAAGAGUUGACUCUGACUCUGUUUGCAUCGACACCGACCUCAUCCUCGACACCCAUCCACCCAUCCACUCAUCUAGUUCCGACCACAGAUCACGACCCGCUAAACGCCUCCGAUAGCUUCUACUCCAACACCCGACCGCAAUAGCAUCAUACAACGACAGUUCCGAUACACGCCACGAUAACAGACAAACACCAGACCCUAGACGCCAGACAGACAGACAGACAAGAGACAAGCAGACAAUGCCAGUAUGGCCGCUUUAAUGGGUGACGUCUUUACCGAUACUCCGCGCUUCCACGACAGGAUGCACUCUCAACACUCCUCCCACUAUCAAAGCCCCUCCCACUCCUCUUCCUCGCCAUCAACAAACACCUCCUCCGCGGCCGCCACCCGCCCAAGGACGACCUCGAUCCAUAACCCUCAGUCUCGCCCGACCCCGAGCCCCAGGAGGCAGGCCUCCGCAACCGCUACUACCCCAAUCCCACGAUAUGCUUCGUCUUCGCAACAACACCCUCUAGGAUGGAUCGCCGAUGACGCACACGCACACGCAAAGCAUCAGCAACACCUAGAGUCCACCGGAGGCGCCUCCCGUUUCCCUUCCCCGCCUUCGUCUGCUUCCCCAAACAGACCCGUCCGACAACAACAGCAGCAGCAGCAUGGCGUCCACGAUACAAGUUCCGUCCACGACACUUCGUCGGCUUCGUCUUCCACCGCCUCGUCUACUAGCACCGCAGCCACCGUAGUCCCCGCCGACCAUUCUGGGAGUGGAAGGGGUAUCCCCUCUCCGGCUCCGGACGCCAAUAGCAACAGUCGCAGCUGGAACUCGUCUGCCCAGCACGGCCACCGCACUGUUCCGUCCAACAAUCUUCCAAUCGAUGACCGAUCCAACACCCCCAUUGCUCGCACUCCCAACUACCAACAAGCUCACCAACUCCCUCCUCCACCCCAGCCCAAAGUUAUCAAGAUCCGCGACCUCCACCAUAUUCAAGCCCUCGUCCAACAAGAUGGCCACCCGCUGUCCGCCUUCUCCGGAGCCAGCAACGGCAUGCUUACCGACGACCCCCCGCUUCAACAAAUGCGCUACGAAAUCAGCGGGAUGCCCAUCUCGGAUAUCAUCGAAAUGGUGGCGGCACUGUUGACCAAGAUCACGACAACGAACGACUUGCAGCAUGACGCGUUGCAGAGGAAUCAGGUGCACUUGAGGCAGGCGGAGGCGCAGGCGAGACACCAAGAGGAACGACAACGACGAGAGAAGGAAGGGGAGGAAAGUAGCGGGGGACGAGGCCGAGCUGGAAGCAGUAGCGGAGGGACGGGAACUGGAAAUGGCGCAGGGAGCAGUCGGGAAGUCGGACACAGCAGCACCAGCGGGCACAUGUCCCCCCUCUCUUCCUCCGUCCUCGCCUUCCACGGUAAGAACGUGCCGGCCAUCACCAUCCUCAGCUACCUCACCCGCAUCCACAAGUACUGCCCCACCACGUAUGAGGUGUUUUUGUCGUUGCUGGUCUACUUUGAUCGCAUGACGGAGAGGGUUAACGAUAUGGUGGUGAAGAGCGAGGAGGAGAGGAGGAGACGACGUCUCGAAGAGCAACAGGCCCGACAGGAGCGGGAAAAGCAAGCUGCUGCGACGGCGGGCUACGAGAAGGGGACGGCGGAUGAUCCAGAUGUCCCUAUGCGGGAUACGCCUGAUGAUGACAAGGGACACGAUAGCGACGAGACGGAUUCGGAUUUGGCUGAUGAUGACGACGAAGAGAUGGCAGAUGAACCUAAGCAAAGUGGUGGUUUUGGGAGAACGAGGGAACAAGAAGAAGAGGAUGAACAGGCGACGUAUUUUGUCGUGGACAGCUUCAACAUCCACAGGUUGAUCAUCGCUGGAGUGACGUGCGCGAGCAAGUUCUUUAGCGAUGUGUUUUAUACUAACUCGCGCUAUGCCAAGGUCGGUGGCCUUCCCCUCCCAGAACUCAACCACCUAGAGCUGCAAUUUCUCCUCCUCAACGACUUCCGCCUCGCCGUCCCUGUCGAAGAUCUCGAAGCGUACGCCACCAUGCUCGUGGAAUUCUACGCCAGGGAGGUGGUUGCGCAGACGACGCGGGGACGACCUAGCGCUUCUGCGAGCUCCACUGCUGUUGCUAAUGCUGGUGCUUCGGCGGCGGAGUAGAGUACUGGUAUUGCCGAUAGCGCGGUUUCACAGAGUGGGGAGAAACGUCGUGGGCGAAGACGUAGAGGAUGCGGAGGGGUUGGGAAUUGUUGGAGAAUGUGAAGAGGGUGGGAGAGAGGGGAGUACUUGUUCUGGGG